UACAUCUGGAUUUUUCUUGGAAUACAAUCAUGAAAUUUCUUCAGGAUUUAGAGGACGCAAAGGCCAAAAGAAAGAGUCUCAAACCUCUCGUUGAGAGACGUCGGAGAGAGAGAAUGAACCGCAGUCUGGAAAGUCUGAAGACUCUGCUACAGCCACAGGAAGCGAAUCAGCGCAGAGUGGAGAAAGCUGAGAUACUCGAGCACACAGUCCUCUUCCUAAAGAACACUGCCAAAGUAGACAACACCAGAGAUGGGGGUGGAGGAGGCCAGAAAUACUCCUUCCAAGACGGCAUCUCCACCUGCCUGCAGAAAGCAGCUCACUUCCUGGGACCUGAAGGGAAAGGCCUGUGGCUUGGAUCAGCACUGGAUGCAUCUUUUGCCGCUCGCCUUUCCUAUUCAGACUCAGACUCUGCAGGCGUUCAGACGAGGACCGAAGCUGAUUCCUCCUCCAGCUCUCUGCUUCUCAGGAAGUCCUCCAGGUCCAUUCUUCGGAUGCUGAUACACAGGUCCGGGAACAGACUUUGCACGCCUGCCCAUACUGUGGUCAGCUGUGUUCCGAACUGCGGAGAAUCACUUUGCUCUCCUACAACUUCCCAACAGCCCCACAAAGUGGCGAGUCGAGCGAGCAAACAGAGCCAGCCGGUCAACCAGUCACUGUGGAGGCCCUGGCCCUGA